AUGGCAAAGCCACCAGUCCGUCCACAAACCCUCCAAACCCGCAUCUCCCACCUUCUCUCCCACUGGCCCUCCGACCCUGUCCGUCCAGCCUCAGUCUCAGUCCAAACAUACCUCCAGACCCGUCUCUCACAAAUCUCUCCCCAAGAUGCAGCAGCAUCGCAGCAACAACAACACCUACCCCAGAACCAUCAACCGCAAGAAAUGUCCGAGGCGUCAUUGAACGCAUUGGCGUCGUUGUUGGAAGAUAGAUAUACGAGACGGUAUCCAUUGUCGCCAAAGUUGCGCAGGCCCGCUAGUAACCCAGAUCAUUAUGAUAAUGUGGUUAAAGAGUUUGAGGAGGCACCGUCGAGAGAUUGGUUUGGGAGACUGGGGAAGAGGUUGAAGGGGUUGCUUAGGUUUUCUUAG